CCGAAAAAGCCAGUGAUGUCAGUUAUAACUAACGAAACCGAUAUGUUAUUGGGCAAAGUUGUACAGAUAACAGAUAUAGGAUUAGACAAGAUUCACUGUGUGCAGGUCCGAUGUAGACAAAAUGAAUUCGAUUUAUAUUUAAAAAAAUUCUUUGUUAAAAGCGGCGAUUUCUGGGCAACAGAUACCAAAACACAUUGCGGUCUUGGUGACAUUGUUUUAAUAAAAAAGCCCACAGAAAAACCCCCACAGCAGAGAAUCACUCAUGAAGUAAUGAAAAUCAUUUUCAAAUUUGGUUAUAUAAUCGAUCCAGUUACCAAGAAAAGGGUGGUUCGAGAUUCUUUCGAUGAUGAAUUCGAAUUUAGAACAAGAGUUGAUGCAUUACUUUUCGAUGAACAAAGCGCUAUACAACAUCGGCGUCUUCUAGAACGAAAAAAUUCUAUCGAAAAUAAUGAGGAAUUGUAA